UCCUGUAUCUGUAUAUAUACCCUUCUGUCUCCUACACGUCAAAGACCCUAUCGUUCAUCUUCUCUUUGUCUCUACAUCAAGCUGUAGCCUUUAGCCACGAAUAGCUACGAAACAAGCCUAGAUCAAACUAUUUCCGAUAUGCCCUAUCUGAGUUUCCUUGCCAUAUCCGAGGAAGCGGCGGAUCAAGGAGAACAGCCAUUAGAAAACAUCCAUGAAGUCGUUGUCUUUGAUGGUGUUACCCACUCCUUCUCUUUCAGCCAGGUCCCCACCGAUGACGGCUCUGACACAUCUGGUCCUUUGCCUGCGUCGAAGGCGUCCAUUGAUGCUAUGCCUAGAGUAACAGUAACGGAUGACUGUGUCGAAGACUGCUCUAUUUGUUUAGACGAGAUGCGGGUUGGCAGCGUGAUUCGUGAGAUGCCGUGUAAGCAUGGGUUUCAUUCCGAUUGUAUUGAGAUGUGGCUUGUGUUGCAUGGGUCGUGCCCGGUUUGUCGGUUCAUGAUGCCGGUGGAGGAUGACGGUCACCGUGACCGUGACGGCGAUGGAAGUGUAAAUGGACGGCGUCUGAGGACGAGGCGGCUUAUUUCGGACAAUUUCAUCAUUCCGUCCGAUGAGCAAACGUCAUCCGAUAGAAAUCAGGACUCCGAUUCUGGGUCCGCAAAUUCUAAUUUAGGGAUGGACACAAUCGACUAGCCAAAAGCGACCAUCACAAGUUUCUUCUUUUUUUUUUUUAAAUAUUCACAGUUAAUUCGUUGAUUUUUCAUUUCAUCACAUGCAAGGCAAGGCAAGGCAACGCAACAGAUCAAUUAGGAUUUGAAUUUUUUUUUUUUUAUUAAUAGUAUUUUUAUCAUUAUUAUUGACGUGCUGUUUAAUUUUUUUAAUAGUGCAGACGAAUAAAAAAUCAUUACAUUAAGCAUGGCACGACCUCAAUCUUUUUCUUUCUUUCUUUUUUUUUUUUUGGUCGAACACGACCUCGAUAUAAGUAAAUAUUUGAUGGUCUGCAGUCAUUAUACUCUUUUUUUUUUUUUUCAAUUUUCCCAUAUAUAUCCAAUAAUUUAAAACUUGAACAUGUGCAAUUUGUCUUGUGAUCGAAACACCGAAAAAGUUGAAUUUAAGGAAAACAUGUAUUUAAAUGAAUGUAUUUAUAUGUGCAAGGAAAAUGUGGUUUAAUAGAGACAGUAGCUAUCAAUCCUCUCUAGCAAAAGGGAGAGUGAUGGCGGAGGACCAGAGAAAGAGAGAGAUAAUAAGCACAACUAAAGAUGGCCUCUCGUUGAGGCAAAAAUUGUGGCCAAAACUCACUGGGGAGAAAUAAUGGGUAGGCUCCAUUUUCUUUCAUGUGUAAGAAUCUGUUGUUGGUUGGGAGGCUGAUCCAUCUUAGGAUGUUCAUAAAUGUUUGUUGGAACAAUUAUCAAUUUCACUUGCAGCUGUUGGAAAUUUGAUUAAAUUAUGCUCGAUAUGUCACUACUAAAAAUUUCAUGCUCUUACAACUACAAGCAUAUUGCAAACUUGUUCUGGAUUUUUCAUCAUUUCACCAAUGAAUCAAUUCCAUCUGGCUUUAGGUUUAGGCCAUUGUCAAGCCAAGCAAAUGCUCAGAGCAUCAUGUGGAGGUGCAGGAGCCACUCAGAUGCCAUUGGACAUUGUCCCCACUCCACAAAGGUAACGUGCAAUAUGCAUCAAGAAGG